GAGCUCCCUAUGAUUCUCACCUAGCAGAGGCGCCGCUACUACACACAACCCAAAACUUCUACUCCAUUAGCCAAGAGCUUUUCUAGGGAUUUUCAGAUAUAAAACAAUGAAGCUGAACACCAGAAUUCCACCAGAAUCAACGGCAAAAUGGGUGAGGAAAUUAGCAACAAGCAAGUGAUACUCAGCAACUAUGUCAAAACAUCUGUGAAAGAAUCCGAUUUGUCGCUGAGAACUUCCAAAAUUCAGCUCAAAAUUCCCAGCGGUUGCGACGGCGCCGUUUUGGUGAAGAAUCUCUACUUAUCCAUCGAUCCUUUUAUUCUUGCCCUCAUGAAGAAUCAGGAGCUCGAUUUACCUUCUUUCACGCUGGAUUCUCCUAUUUAUGGAUUUGGAGUGUCGAAAGUACUGGAUUCGUCUCAUCCAAAUUUCAAGACGGGCGAGCUAGUUUGGGGGUUUACUGGCUGGGAGGAGUAUAGCCUUAUUAAAGAUCCAGACCAAUUGUUUAAGGUUCAAGAUAAAGAUUUGCCCCUCUCUUAUUUCAUAGGGAUUCUUGUUUUGCUCUCCCAAAAAGGGGGAAACAGUGUAUGUCUCUGCUGCAUCCGGAGCUGUUGGUCAGCUCGUUGGUCAGUUUGCAAAGAUCACAGGGUGUUACGUUGUUGGGAGUGCGGGGAGCAAAGAAAAGGUCAGAAUCUAAUGGCUUAUCGAAAACUUAUUAGAUUGUUGGCUAGAUUGGUUGUCGAUUUAUGUGAUAUUUUUCUUCUGUGGCAAGUUUAUGUUUCACAUUUGAUGAACAAGUCGGCUUUUGCAUUGAUGAAGGUCGAUCUCUUGAAGAACAAAUUCAGGUACUUCCCCGAUGGCAUCGACAUCUACUUUGACAACGUGGGAGGGAAGAUGCUCGAAGCGGUGCUAAACAGCAUGAGACUCAACGGCCGUGUUGCGCUUUGUGGGAUGAUCUCCCAAUACAACAGCCUUGAGCAGCCCGAAGGCGUCCACAACUUGAUUAACGCAUUAGUAAAACGGGUCCAUAUGGAAGGAUUUUUCACUAGCGACCACUACUAUCUCUACCCCAAGUUCCUGGAGAUGGUUGUGCCUCUAAUCAAGGAAGAGAAGAUCACAUACGUCGAAGACAUAGCCGAAGGCAUUGAAAGCGCGCCUGGGGCUCUCUUUGGCUUAUACUCCGGUCGCAACGUAGGGAAGCUGUUGGUGGUGGUUUCUCGUGAGUAAUUCUGUUUUUACCAUCGGAAACAAGGAAUGACUUAAAUAAGGUUAUAAUCAUGAAUUAUAAAUAUAUGAUCAUGAAUUUGAUGUAUUGUUAUUAAUUUAAACAGGUAGCACCUCCAAUCCUCCAUUUCUUAUUUA